GCUAAACACAGGGGCAAAUCUCAGAGACAAAAUGCUCCAGUUUCCCCUCCAAUCUGUGAGACACCGGUAGUAGCACGAUGCUUUCUCAUCUCAUGCAUUCCAUUUCGUGUUCCCUCGCAUUUUCCACUUGAUUAUAUUCCCUGUAUUUAUUUGGCUGCAUCGCACCACGGCCAAGCAAAGACCAAAACCCCGAACUUAGCAAAACCCCAAAUAUAACCACGAAACAAAUCUCCUCCCCCUGUCCGCCUUUGCCUCGCCACCACCACCACCGCCACACCGCUCGCGUUGCGCCGGCCCACAGCGACCCGCCGGCGAUCGCCGGACCGGAGGCCCCCCGUAGCCGACCCGGCGGUCGCCCGCAAUGCCUCCCCCUCCGCCGUCGGUCGCCGGCGGGGGGCGGUGCAUCCUCAGCUUCGCGGCGCUGCGGGACCGCUGCUUCAGCCACCGGUUCCUCGCCGCCGGCCUGCGCCCGCUCGCCGUCCAGCUCCCCGUCGGCGGGCGAGAAGACCCCCACACCACCGUCCACAUGUGGGUCCCCGCCAGCCCGCCGCGCAACCCGCUGCUCCUCCUCCACGGCUUCGGCGCCUCCGCCACGUGGCAGUGGUACCCGUACCUCCGCCCCCUCAUCGCCGCCGGCUUCGACCCCAUCGUCCCCGACCUCCUCUUCUUCGGCAACUCCUGCACCCGCCUCCCCGACCGCUCCGACAUCUUCCAGGCGCGCUCGAUUAAGGCGGCGAUGGAUGCGAUAGGGGUGACGAGGUUCGGGCUGGUGGGGGUGAGCUAUGGAGGGUUCGUGGGGUACAGGAUGGCGGAGAUGUACCCGGACGCGGUGGAGAAGGUGGCCAUGGUGUGCGCGGGCGUCUGCCUGGAGGAGAAGGACCUCGCGGAGGGGCUGUUCCCGGUGGCCGGGGUCGAGGAAGCGGCGGCGCUGCUGGUGCCGCGGCGGCCCGACGAGGUCCGGCGCCUGGUCAGGCUCACAUUCGUGCGACCGCCACUCAUCAUGCCGUCAUGCUUCCUUUGGGACUACAUUAAGGUGAUGGGCUCGGAUCAUAUGCUGGAGAAGACUGAGCUACUAUAUGCUUUGAUUAGUGGAAGGCAACUUUCAACUCUUCCAAAACUAAGUCAGAAGACGCUGAUAGUUUGGGGGGAGCAAGAUAAGGUGUUCCCGAUGGAGUUGGCUCAUAGAUUGAAGAGACAUCUGGAGGGGAAUUCUCGAUUAGUAGUCAUAAACAAUGCUGGGCAUGCAGUGAAUCUCGAGAAGCCCCAGGAGGUGUGCAAGAGCAUCAUCGAGUUCUUCCAAGAGCCGGCCUAUGAAGCUUCGAACGAGGAAAAGGUGUAGGUUUCAUGAGAUGGCGGACGGGUCUCCACUCUCCACUGGGCGUCAGCGGGUAGCCCGCAGCAUCUCCUUGUGAUUACGCUCCAGAACCAAGAGAGAGAUGCUAAUUUAUAGCGUUCUCUCUCUAUUUCUCCAUGAAAAUGUUUGACGUACCUGGUCCAAUCUAAUCGCCGGAGGGCGUAAACCAGCAUGCCUGCGGGUUGUCAUUAAGGAGUUGAUACACUGAAAUGUGGAGCGUGGCGUCGCGUCUCAGCACGCACGGCAGGCUAUUUAUCUGUUCGUCUGUCCGGCUUUCAAUCUCAGUUUGGCGAUCGAACAACUGUGAAAGGGAAGAGAAACGUGAUCGAUGUUGCACUU